UGUGUCUCCACCAGCUCGUCAUAUAAAAACAAGGAAGUCCAUCUCAUUUCCAACUUACAAACCAUCUAUCUAUUACCCAGCUUCAUUCAUAAUAAUCCGUUGUAUUCACUUCAACUUGAACAUUAAUCAUCGCAAUGGCUGCUGCUGAAUCCACUUUCACCUUUUCCGCCCCAGCAAACACCGAUGUCUGGAAGAAACCCCCGUCUCACGAUGUCUUCACCGCCCCCUACCACUCCCUCUCCAAAAACCCCUUCCCCCAAUUCAAAUCCGCCUCCCUCACCUUUACCACAACCUACACCCACCAGUUCGACCAGGCCGGCAUCGUCCUCGUCUUCACCAAGCCCUCCUGCCCCCGCAAGUGGAUAAAAGCCGGCGUCGAGCUCUUCGACGGCCAGUCCCGCCUCUCCACCGUCUGCUGCGACAACUGGGCCGACUGGAGCGUCGCCAACGCCAGUGGCCCCGAGGACAUCAAGGCGGGCCGCAAGGCCGUCACCAUCUUAGUCGAGAGGCUGGAUGCCCAUGACGGCUCGUGCCUCUGGGUGUAUCGCGUCGAUGGCGAGAACAAGGUCCCGAUGAGGGAGAUUUGCUGGCCGUAUGGAGAUAAUGGUGGAAGUGGCUGGGAACUCGAGAUUGGCGCUCUUGUAGCUAGACCGACCAAAGAUACCAGCGACGAGUUGGAGGCCAAGUUUCAAGACUUUCAGGUGAAGUGGGAUGCAGCUUAAUGUCUACAGCAUACGUAGUUAUAGUCUAUUAGCCCAAGGUUAGGCUAUAGUAUACUCAUCAGAAAGCAAUAUAACAUUCACAAGAGCAAGUGGCAC